AUGAAACGAUUUGUAUAUCCUAGUAGUUUAGAAUGUACUUUUGCUUUUCACAUGGGUGAAGCGGAAGUAUUUAAAAAAAAUUAUUCGGUAAAACGUGAUCAAAAUGCUCAACGUAAUCGUAAAUUAACAUUAGAAGAAAAAAUCUUUGAGGAAUUAUUUGGUGGUUUGA